AUGAACCAACCAAAUCAAACAGUGCUAACAGAAUUCAUCCUAAUGGGAAUUACAGACCGGCCUGAGCUGCAGGCUGCCGUCUUUGGACUCUUCCUCAGCAUCUAUGUGAUCUCAGUGGUGGGCAACCUGGGCAUGAUCAUCCUCACCAAGGUGGACUCCAGGCUACAAACACCCAUGUACUUCUUCCUCAGACACCUGGCUGUCACUGAUCUGGGUUAUUCAACAACUGUAGGACCAAAAAUGUUAGUCAAUUUCAUAGCUAAUCAAAACACAAUCCCCUAUAACGGGUGUGCCACACAGCUGGCUUUCUUCAUCUUGUUCAUCAUCAGCGAGCUUUUCAUUCUGUCAGCAAUGGCCUAUGACCGCUAUAUGGCCAUCUGUCAUCCUCUGCUUUAUAUGGUUGUUAUGUCACAAAAGGGCAGGCACAAGGCCUUCUCCACCUGUGGAUCCCACCUGACAGUGGUCGUUGUAUUAUAUGCAACUCUAUUCUUCAUGUACGUGCAACCCAAAUCCAGUCAUUCCUUUGAUACUGAUAAAAUUGCCUCUGUAUUUUAUACUUUGAUAAUACCUAUGCUGAAUCCCAUGAUCUACAGUUUGAGGAACAAAGAGGUAAAAGGUGCCCUGCAUCGGAUAUGGAAAAAUCUGCACAAACUGCCUAUGUAG